AACUUAUUUGUUUUAAUUUUAGUUUCAGAAAAUGGACAUUAAAAGUAUAGAAGUGUCAUGUGGCCUAAAGGGAACAAGCGAAGAGGAAAUUACAUCUGGAAAAGAUAGUCGCUUUUCCAAGGAGUAUCUAAACGAGUCAGAAGAUGCAGAAUACCUCUCUGAGUUCAGCGAUUUUUUUUAUACGCAAGGGCAAAGUGUCGAAACUCUGCAGGAACAUUUGUUUUCAGCGGAAAGCAAAACAGGCAUGGAUAAGCAAAGAAUAUCAAAUAUAAACAGCAAAGAAAAUAUAUCACAAGGCAAUAAAUUUAGUAGAAAUAGUGGAAACAGCAAUUAUUUCAAUAAUGUUAAUUCUAAUGCUGAACCUGAUGAAAUGUCCAGUACAAAGAAAGAAUCUAAUACCAAAAUUGAAAAUCAUUUUAUUGACGUUGGGUCAAUAACUUUCGGAGGUAUUUUCAGUUUAGGCGAGAAACUGGAACAUAGAGUUAUAAUGGCCAGAACUACCGUCCAAUGUCUUAUGCUACCAAGAUAUUGGCUCAUAGAAAGGGAUCAAAAUCCAGGAAACAUAUGGCAACGUAGGCGGUUCUACCUAGAUUCCACAAUCCCAUCAAGAGAACAACUCUUCAAAGACUUUUUAACUACUCGCACAUGGCAGAAGUUCAAAAACAGUAUAAUAUCAAGCAACUUAACAAGAUAUUUGGGAAAUCCAACAAAAGUUCAGGAUAUACCUAUCAUUUGUAGAAUUGUUGAAUCUAGUGAGGAUUAAGAUUUCGAGUGAUGGAAUAAUAUAAACACUGUUUCAUCUAUAAUGCAUACAUGUAUGUCAAAAAACUACACUUUGCCAUAUUAAUUUUUAUAAUAAAUGCAUAUUUCCAUCAACUACGCGAAUGAGAAAUACCUUCAUAUAUAGUAUGUAUACACUGGUCUAUGUUUUGGCUUAGAAUGUAAUCUUAUUACUAAUUAUUAUUAUUUCGAUUUGCUGAUAUAAAUAAUUAUGAAGAUAA